AGGUACCUGUGUCUAUAUGCAGUGAGAGUUGUCCCCCAGGCAGCAGGAAAGCUGUACAGAAAGGAAAGCCUAUCUGCUGCUAUGAUUGUAUACCGUGUGCACCAGGAGAAAUCAGCAAUGCUACUGUCAGGUGAUGGCUGUGGAUGCCUGGCUGUGGGCACUAGGGCUCCUGAUUUGGCCAAUCUGGGUGUACUCUGCUAGACUUUCCUGCACUUUGCAGGUCAGGCCUGUCUCCAGAACCCUGUAUAAGGAAGGAGAUGUGAUUAUUGGGGGUCUCUUUCCAAUUUAUCUUGAAGCCCCUGAACCUGAUCACAUGUUCCUCCAGAGAGUGCAGGAAAGCCAAUGCCAGAGUGUUGAAUUACAAACUUACCGUUGGCUGCAAACCAUGAUCUUUGCAGUGGAGGAAAUUAAUCGGAACCAGUCUCUUUUACCGAACUUCACACUGGGUUACCUUGCUGCAGAUACAUGCUUGGCUGAGAGAAAUACACUAAGUGCUGCGCUGGCGAUGGUGACCGGACAGGAGGAGACAGUGUCUGGGGAAGAGUGUACCACAGCUCCCAGUGUACCUGUCAUCAUUGGCGAUGCACGCUCUUCUGCCUCCAUAGUUGUGGCUGAUACAUUGAGUGUUUUUGGCAUCCCAAUGAUAAGCUACUUUGCCUCUUGUGCAUGCCUCAGUGAUCGCAACAAGUACCCAACGUUUCUGCGCACAGUUCCUAGCGAUGCCUUUCAGGCUAAAGCCAUGGCCCGGUUGUUAUACCUGAUGGGCUGGACCUGGGUUGGGGUUGUGUCUGGAGAUGAUGCAUAUGGCAAAAGUGGUAUACAGCUGCUGCUAAAGGAACUAAAGGGUUCAGGGUGUGUGGACUACCAUGAGGUCAUCCCCAAAUCCCAUGCACUCAGUAGGAUUCAACGCAUUGUGGAGAGGAUUAAAAGUUCGACGGCUCGUGUGGUCGUAACCUUUGCUAUAGAUCCUGAUAUGGAGGUCUUGCUGAAAGAAGCAGUGAGGUUAAAUGCUACUGAGAGACAGUGGAUUGCCACUGAAGCAUGGAGCACCUCUGUCCAUUACUCUGCUUGGAGUGGUAUCUCCUUAGCAGGGACUCUUGGUUUUUCUCUGAGGCGGGUUGAUAUCCAGGGUCUGGACUCCUACUUGACUCAACUGAGCACAGAGGAAAACUUAAUGGAGCCACUUGUGCAGAAUGUUUGGGAGGAUGUGUUUGGAUGUAGAUUUGGGGAGCAAAUUCAAUCAGGACCUCAAAGACCACAGUGCACAGGCUUGGAGAAAGUAAAAGGUGGAGAGGCCUAUUUUGAUAUCAUAUAUAAUGUGUAUAAGGCUGUGUAUGCCAUUGCAAAUGCUAUUCAGGACAUGCUGGCAUGUCAGUCUGGAAAAGGACCUUUUGAAAAUGGACAAUGUCCUGAUAUUAAACCAGUAAAACCUAAACAGCUUCUACACUACCUGAAGGCGGUCCAGUUCACAACACCGGUAGGUGAAAUGAUCGGUUUUGAUGAAAACGGGGAUCCAUCCGCCUCUUAUGACAUCAUUAACUGGCAUGUAGAGGCAGAAGAAACAAUGAAGAUUGUCAAAGUAGGACAGUUUGAUGCUGCGAAUGGACCACAAAAAGACUUUCAGCUGGAUCUUAGUAAGGUGUUCUGGGGAGGGGGCUGGGGUAAUAUGGUACCUGUGUCUAUAUGCAGUGAGAGUUCCCCAGGCAGCAGGAAAGCUGUACAGAAAGGAAAGCCUAUCUGCUGCUAUGAUUGUGUACAAUGUGCACCAGGAGAAAUCAGCAAUGCUACUGAUUCUCCAGAAUGCACCAAAUGUCCUGAGAGAUUUUGGUCCAACACCGAUCAUACAGAGUGCAUCCCAAUGAUAGUGGAGUUCCUGUCCUUUGAAGAUAACAUGGGCAUCAUCCUCUCUGUGCUUUCAGCUGCUGGAGCAGCUCUUACCGUUACCGUCCUGGCUGCCUUUGUCCAUCAUCGAGACACACCCCUGGUCCGUGCCAACAACUCUGAACUGAGCUUCCUGCUGUUAUUCUCACUUAAACUCUGUUUCCUGUGUGCGCUGGCUUUUAUUGGCCGGCCGGCGCCUUGGUCCUGCAUGCUACGCCAUACUCUGUUUGGGAUCAGUUUUGUGGUGUGUCUGGCUUGUGUUCUCAGUAAGACAGUGGUGGUGCUGGUGGCUUUCAGAGCAACUCUUCCUGGCUCAAAUGUGAUGCGAUACUUUGGUCCUCUUCAGCAGAGGGCAGGUAUUUUCCUCUGUACGCUGAUACAAGUGGGGAUCUGUGUGUUAUGGCUGGUUCUAGCACCUCCUUUACCCACAGAAAGUGCAGGUGGUGAGCUUGGAGCACGGGUGGUACUUCAGUGUGCUGUAGGCUCAAUGGCAGGUUUCUCUCUGGUUCUGGGUUACAUCGGCCUACUGGCUGCUGUUUGCUUCCUGCUGGCCUUCCUCGCCCGGAAGCUUCCGGACAAUUUUAAUGAGGCCAAAUUCAUCACUUUCAGCAUGUUGAUCUUCUGUGCUGUGUGGAUCGCAUUUGUUCCAGCAUAUGUCAGCUCUCCAGGGAAAUACACGGUAGCUGUAGAGGUCUUUGCCAUCCUAGCCUCAAGUUACGGCCUUCUGCUGUGUAUCUUUGCCCCAAAAUGUUACAUCAUCCUAAUGAGACCAGACAAGAACACAAAAAAGAACAUAAUGACCAAAUAA